GUAUCCUGGAGAUCAGGACGGUGUCAGAGAAAGGCGUUCUGGCCAUCAAAGGCAUAAAGAGUCAGCGCUACAUCUCCAUGAACAAGAAGGGCCAGCUGCAGGGCAAGAGGAUCUACAACGACAACUGCAACUUCAAAGAGUUCUUCCUAGAAAACUACUUCAAUGCUUACGCCUCUGUGAAGUGGAACACGACUAAAGAGAUGUUCAUCACUCUGUCUCAGAAAGGACGGCCUCUGAGGGGCAAGAAGACCAGGAGGGAGCAGGUGGCGUCUCACUUCAUCCCCAUGAAGUGUAAGGAGGACGAGGACAGACAGGUGGAGUGAGGACAGUCUGCAGACUGAAUGAUGUCAUCCUGUUAACAUAUAAAACACACACCUGUAGCUCUGACAGCACGCCACGCUCUCCUGACUGUUCUCACUAAGAGCUAAAUACUAAAGUCCACAGUCUGGAUCAGGAUCUGGAUCAGGAUCUGCAGGUCCAGGAUGGACAUYAGGUUUGACCCAGAGGAGCUGAAGCAAGCUGGACUUGUCUUUAAGAAGAAACAGGAAACAGAUGAAACAUGUUUUCUGUGGCUUUGGGAUUGAAAUGUUUGAAUAAGAUGCUGCUGCUGCUGAAACAUCACAAUAACGCUGUUUUCUUUAUUAUAACUUAUUAUUUGUAAAGAUAUUUUCUCCUGUUUCUGUUCCAACUUUUUAUUAAAAAUAAAUGAAAAUAAAA